AUGGACCCAGGGCGAGUCUUCUAUAUAACGAAAUCGCAGCUGGCAUCGGGUGUGGUAUAUACCAUUCUCGACUCCGACUCAACCACACGUCUUUAUACGGUAGAAACGUCACAAAAAGCGAAGCCACAUAUGACACUCAUUCGACACCGUUUUCCGUACCAGCAGAUGGCUCCUCCAGCAUGUCACUACCCAUCUCCAUCUCCACCCUGCGCACAUCCGCCAGUUCAAGUCCCUUUCGGCGGAUCCAACAGCGGCACAGUUGUUAGCACUGUUUCGUUCCACGGUCUUUCCUCCAAGAUUGGCAUUUCCUUAUACUCCGGUCCCCAGCCAAUGGAUAUGACAAUGCAGCGCUCUGAUCUGCUUGCUAGUGGACGCAAAUUUGACUCACCGCUGGGAAGGAUGCAAUGGAAAGGAGGCGAUAGUAUCUUCACGAGCAGCCAUAAGCUAGUAGAUCAGCACAAACGCGUGAUCGCUCGAUAUGAGAAGCGGUCCUCCCUACUUUCGCGUCAGAUGGAUCAGUUUAUAUUGCUGGUUCAGGACGCCAAUGUGAUCGCAAAUUUGGAUAUGGUUAUUGUUACGGGUCUGGCAACAAUUGAGUAUACCCGAAGGUCAGAUAAAGAGUGGGACGAAGUGUUGGAAGAGGUUGCAGAGACCGUUUUUGACGUUUAG